UUUCUUGUUUCCUUUAAGGAAAGGAAAAAUAGUGUGGCUCUCUUCUUGGCAGAAUAGAAUGAGAAUCCUAUUCACAUUAUGAAUACUCCUUUAAAGAGAAGCUCAGGUGGGCCCAUGGGGUAAGGGUGAGCUCACAUACCCAAGAGUGUAAGCAAAAAUAUUCUUGCCAAACUCACCGUACUUGGAAGCAACCUUCUCCUCUCUUCCUCUACUUUUGGCAGCCCAUACAGCUAUAAAUAUGAAGAGAAGAAUACUCUUUUUAGAUAGCCAGGGAUUCAGACAAUAGAUCACUCCAAGACAGCAAACAACAUGGCAGGAUAUUACCAAAAAUCCUCUGAGAAAAUGAAUUCAGCAUCCCAGUCCACUAGAAGCAAUGCAGAAACUAUGGGGGAUAGGGCCUUCAAAGGGAUAGCUGACCUCAUAAAGCUCCUCCCAACUGGGACCGUCUUCCUCUUCCAAUUCCUCAAUCCUCUGUUAACCAACACUGGCCAUUGCCACACCAUCAACAAGUACUUGAGCGGCGCGCUCCUCACCAUCUGUGGCUUCUCUUGUUGCUUCUCCUCCUUCACUGAUAGCUAUAUUGGUGGUGAUGGAAGGGUCUACUACGGUGUGGUGACAAAGGAUGGGCUGUGGUCCUUCUCAGACCCGAAUGCUAGCUCGAAGGACCUAUCGAAGUACAAGCUAAGGUUUGGAGAUUUUGUUCAUGCCUUCCUCUCACUGAUUGUGUUUGCAGUGAUUGCAUUGUUGGAUGACAACACUGUGUCAUGCUUUUAUCCAUCUUUCAAGUUUGAGGAGAAGACAUUGCUCAUGGUCUUGCCCACCGUGGUUGGUGGCCUGGCUAGUUUUGUGUUCAUGGUUUUCCCUAACAAUCGACAUGGAAUAGGGUAUGCUCCAACCGGGAACACACAGAACUCUGAUUGAAUUUAGCAACACUCACCCAUGCUUCGGUGUGAUGUUCAUGUGAAGAAGAUUGUUUAAUUUGUACGAAGAACAGGAAGGCAUGGUUCCGCUUUCCUCUUGCAUGUACUAGUCCAAAUGUGAGUAAUUCAACAAUCAUAAUUUAUUAAGUUAAUUGGAGAAAUGAGUGCAUGUGUUCCAUUUUUUUUUUUCUAUGUAUUAAUGCACAGUGCUUCUUGGUUUA